UGUUUGAAGUCAUUCAAAACAAAGUCUGGACUGCAACGUCAUGUAUCUGUGCAUGGGGCAUUUGAAUUCAAAUGUGAGGUUUGCGACACAGAAUUUCACAACAAGCAUAAUUUGAAGCAACACAUAGAGAGGAAGCACACAGCUUAUCAAAAUUUAUGUUCACAAUGCGCAAAAACAUUCUCAACACAAUACGCCUUAAAGAAACACGAGCGAACAGUGCAUGAAAAAUCCCCAAUGUUUAAGUGUUCUUUAUGCGAUAAAGUAUUUCCAAGAAAAGAAGUACUUAACGCGCACUGUACUAAAGAUAUGACUGGAAAGAAACCAUACAAGUGUUUGAAGUGUGACCGUGGUCGUGGGUUUAAACCAAAACCUGCAUAUGUGUGUGAAAUUUGUCAGAAACAAUUCAAGUUAGCUAGGUUACUGAAGCAACAUAAGCGUGUCCACGAACCACCAAGAUUUUCCUGUCAAGUUUGUGGUAGGACAUUUGUCUGGAAGUAUUGUUUGCGUUUGCAUCUUAAGGCAUACCUUGUUGAAGACAACAACAACAACCCUCAUUCUGAUCUAGCAUGA